AGCUCUGGAGGGGGGCCUGCCAGGCCUGGCCCACGGUGACAGUGUCCUUCCCCUCCCCCCACCCCCUGGUGGAAGGUGCCCGCCUGUCCCUGAGACCGGGGAGGGACUAUGAAAAGGUAAACUUGCCGGGCAGAGUCGUGCCCGGAGCCAGCAAAUUCCAGCAAGGUCCUGCUGCUGAGGGGCCGGCACCAGCUGCUGCCUCCUCCGCGUCCAUCCCCCGCCGGGCCCGGUGCCCACGCCACCGUCUCGCCCCACUGUACCCCCCUCCCCCGGCAUGGCUAACUACUACGAAGUGCUGGGCGUGCAGUCCAGCGCCUCCCCAGAGGACAUCAAGAAGGCCUACCGCAAGCUGGCCUUGCGCUGGCACCCAGACAAGAACCCCGACAGCAAGGAGGAGGCGGAGAAGAAGUUCAAGCAGGUUUCCGAGGCCUACGAGGUCCUGUCUGACUCCAAGAAGCGCUCCCUGUACGACCGGGCAGGCCGCGACGGCUGGCGGGCCGGCGGCGGGGCCAGCCACCCCUACAACAGCCCCUUCGACACCGGCUACACCUUCCGGAACCCCGAGGACAUCUUCCGCGAGUUUUUCGGUGGCCUCGACCCCUUCUCCUUUGACUUCUGGGACAGCCCCUUCGGCAGCGACCGUGUGGGCCGGGGCCACGGCCUGAGGAGCGCCUUCUCCUCCGGCUUCGGCGAGUUCCCGGCCUUCAUGGAAGCCUUCUCCUCCUUCGACACCCUGAGCCGCGGGGGCGCCGCCAGCCGGACCACCUUCUCCUCCACCUCCUUCGGGGGCCCCGGCUCCGGCAGCUCGGGCUUCAAGUCGGUGAUGUCGUCCACCGAGAUCGUCAACGGGCACAAGGUCACCACGAAGCACAUCACGGAGAACGGGCAGGAGCGCGUGGAGGUGGAGGAGGACGGGCAGCUCAAGUCCGUGACCAUCAACGGCAAAGAGCAGCUCAAGCGGGUGGACAGCAAGUAGGCGCCCGCCCGCCCCCCAGGCCCCCGCCCGC